GUAGGUAAGAUGUAACUAACUUCAAAAUCAAACAUGCAGGUGCGAUGCAAACACGCAUUUGUAUUUUUGUAAAAUAUUUAUAAACAUUAAAAGGAUGGAGCAAGUUCAAGAUUUAUUUGAUUGCUUUGAAGAAACUGCUGAUGACACGCCUGAAAUUUCAAAAGGCGUCUUAGGUGAAUCUAAAGAAGCUAAAAAUUCAAGUAAGCGACCGCAUGAAGAAGUUGAGUACGCAAACACUGCAGAGACUAAAAGACCAAAACAAGACGAUGGAGAAGACGAGGCAGAUCUCCUUGCUGACUUAGACUUGGAUGUUUUAAAAUCUCGUAUAGUUAUACAUACCUUAGAAACAAGCGAUGGUUGUACACAUGAGGUGGCCAUACCCCCAGGUCACGAGUAUGUUCCAUUGGCGCCCAUCUCUGCAGAACCUGCUAAACAAUACAGUUUUAUUCUGGAUCCCUUUCAAAAAGAAGCGCUGCUGUGUAUAGACAACUUGCAAUCUGUUUUAGUGUCAGCCCACACAUCUGCCGGGAAAACUGUUGUAGCUGAGUAUGCAAUAGCUCUUUCAUUAAAGAGUAAACAAAGGGUGAUAUAUACAACCCCAAUCAAGGCAUUAUCGAAUCAAAAAUACAGGGAGUUUUCUGAAGAGUUUCAGGAUGUUGGAUUGAUCACUGGUGAUGUUACAAUCAACUCAUCAGCUUCAUGUCUGAUAAUGACCACAGAGAUUUUAAGAAACAUGCUGUAUAGAGGAUCAGAAAUAAUGAGAGAAGUUGGAUGGGUUGUGUUUGACGAAAUUCAUUACAUGAGAGAUAAGGAAAGAGGAGUUGUGUGGGAAGAGACAUUAAUCCUCUUGCCGGAUAAUGUGCAUUAUGUAUUCUUAUCAGCUACUAUUCCCAACGCGCGUCAGUUUGCAGAGUGGGUUUGCAGAUUGCAUUCCCAGCCCUGUCAUGUGGUAUACACUGAGUACAGACCUACACCAUUACAGCAUUACAUAUUCCCUGCCGGUGGUGAUGGUAUACAUCUCGUUGUUGAUGAGAAGGGUCAAUUCAAAGAAGAUAACUUCAACACAGCGAUGGCUGUACUAAGCAAUGCUGGGGAUGCGGGCAAAGGUGAGCAGCGCGGCCGACGCGGUGGUGUCAUGCGUGGCAACAACAAGGCCAAUAUAUUCAACAUUGUUAAAAUGGUGAUGGAAAGAAACUUCGCUCCAGUAAUCAUAUUCAGUUUCAGCAAGAAAGAUUGUGAAGCUUAUGCUAUGUUGAUGGCCAAAUUGGACUUUAAUACGAUUGAAGAGAAGAAGUUAGUGGACGAGGUAUUUAGUAACGCGAUGGACAUCCUGUCGGAGGAAGACCGCAAGCUGCCGCAGGUGGAACACGUAGUGCCGCUGCUGCGUCGCGGUAUCGGAAUCCAUCACGGAGGUCUGCUGCCCAUACUCAAAGAGACCAUCGAGAUACUCUUCAGCUUGGGCCUCAUAAAGGCAUUGUUCGCCACGGAAACAUUUGCGAUGGGUCUCAACAUGCCCGCCAGGACUGUGGUGUUCACCAACUGUCAGAAGUUUGACGGAAAGGACUUUAGAUUCAUAACAUCAGGUGAAUACAUCCAGAUGUCGGGUCGCGCGGGGCGGCGAGGUUUGGACGACAAGGGUAUCGUCAUCCUCAUGAUAGACCAGAAGAUCACGCCGGCGGUCGUCAAAACUACAGUACAGGGCAAAGCUGAUCCUAUUAACUCUGCCUUCCAUCUCACUUAUAAUAUGGUGCUUAAUUUGUUGCGAGUUGAAGAAAUAAAUCCAGAAUAUAUGUUAGAGAGGAGUUUCUUCCAGUUUCAAAAUCAAGCCUCCAUUCCAGAUCUCAUAGACAAGGUACAAGAAAAGCAAAAGCAGUACGACAAAUUAUCGUUAGGGCAGGAACAGUCUAUAGCGGAGUACUGUGGGAUACGGGGCCAGCUCGACCUGCUGGCUGCCAAGUUCCGAGGGUUCAUCACCCGUCCAGAGUAUCUCAAGCCUUUCCUGCAGCCCGGCAGACUUGUCAAGGUGAAAACAGAGAAACAUGAAUAUGACUGGGGUAUAAUAGUGAAUUUCAAACAUAACACAGUGAAAGGCAAGAAGCAGAAGGAGGAGAACCCUCUGACAUUGGAGCAGGCCAUCAUUGUGGAUAUUCUACUACAUGUCAAGAAGUGGGAGCCUACAGACCUAGAUACCAAGUUCCCUUGUCCACCAGGCGAGACUGGUGAAGUGGAAGUAGUUCCAGUUUUACAUACAUUAAUAAAUCAAAUAAGUUCCCUUCGAGUUUACUAUCCGAAAGAUUUACGUCCGCCUGACAACCGCAAGUCAGUUCUCAAGACAAUAGGCGAAGUGAAGAAACGUUUCCCCGAAGGACCUCCGCUAUUGAACCCUAUAAAAGACAUGAAAAUUGAUGACCCUGUAUUCAAAAAGUGUGUGGAAAAUAUCAAGAUUUUAGAAGAGAAACUUUACGAACAUCCGAUACAUAAAGAUGAGAAUCGAACCACAUUGAUUUCGUCGUUUGAAAAGAAACAGGAAUAUUUAGAAGAAUUAAAGUCAGCGAAGGCGGAGCUGAAGAAAGCUAAGAGUAUAUUGCACAUGGACGAAUUAAAGAAAAGGAAACGAGUUCUCAGACGACUGGGAUACUGCACUACGUCUGAUGUUAUACAUUUAAAAGGUCGGAUAGCCUGUGAACUAAGUAGUGCGGACGAACUGCUGCUGACGGAGUUGAUAUUCAACGGUGUGUUCAACUCUCUGUCGGCGGAGCAGAGCGCCUCGCUGGUGUCGUGCUUCGUGUGCGAUGAGAACGCCUCGCAGGACUCCAACACCGGCGAGGAACUGCGCGGAGUGCUGCGUCAGCUGCAGGAGUUCGCGCGACGCAUCGCCAAGGUGUCGAUAGACUGCAACAUGCAGCUGGACGAGGACGAGUACGUGGCCAAGUUCAAGUGCACGUUGAUGGAUAUCGUACUCGCCUGGUGCAAGGGAGCCACCUUCUUAGAUAUAUGCAAGAUGACUGACGUGUUUGAAGGAUCAAUAAUAAGAUGCAUACGUCGCUUGGAAGAGGUGUUACGUCAGUUGUGUCAGGCCGCCAAGAGCAUUGGUAAUACUGACCUUGAAGAGAAGUUCUCCUCAGCCAUCACAAUGCUCAAACGAGAUAUCAUAUUUGCAGCCAGUUUGUACAUGUAAAUGUACUCUGACCAUAUAUAAAUUAAGUGAUUAAUAAAUAAUUUACAAUAUUA